GCAAUUAAGACACAACUGAAAUGUUAUUUCUUGUGGUAUGCGGAAAAAACUGAAAGGUCAUAUCUUCACCCCUCAGCCGAUCGAAUGUUCACCAAAAAGGGGGACUAUUCCACAGACAGGGAAAAGGUUAAGCGGAAAUUUUUGUUAACGCUGCGUCUCUGAAUAUGCAGCACACAAGUGGGUCAUAAAAAGAUAAAUUCACGGGGCAACUUUCCUUGUUUCGACUUCCCCUCGGUUUAUAUUCCCCACCGCGGUGCGACACCACAUGUGCAUAUACUACUCCACACCGUUCACUCGAACUAGUUAUCUCACUAGUGAUAUUAAAAAAAAAAAGAGAAAAAAUUGGAGAGGGCAAACACCUAGCAAAGGAACAAACACAUAGUGAUACAAAAACGAGACCUCCCCCGAGAAGAUCAAAAUGCAGAACGCAGCGUCGUCCAACUUGAGCAUGGAAAAACGGAUUGACCAUUUGAAGACAUUCUCUAGCAAUAUCGCGGGGAUGGUCCACGAGUUGAAGGACUUGAUAAAAAUUCACGAAAUUUUAAUUUAUAAAGAAAAGCUCAAAAGUACCAAAAAGGAGCAGCUGCAGAAGUACCAGGAUGAUCUCAUGGCCCUAAAGCUGGACCUCGAAUCGAUCAAAAAGGAAAACGAAAAUAUGGAUGGACAGCUGAAGUAUUACAAAAAAAUUGACGAAUCGAUUAACAACGAAAUUGCUAACACGUCCGUGAACAUACAGAAAAUGAGGCUUGACAUAAACAAGCAGGAGAAGAAAAAAAUGGAAAUAAAAAAAGAUAUCGACGAAAUGAAGAACAAAUGCAGCAAAUCACUAAAUCAGAAGAACCUUCUUGACCACAACCUUUCGCAACUAGCAAAGCAAAAACAGGGCAGUGAGGUGGAAAUCUCCACGAACAGAGCGAAUAGGUUAACUGAGCAUGCAAUCAAUGUGGGGAAGGAAAACACAAAAGGAGUGACCGAAGAAUCGGGGAAAGAGCAUACUACCGCGCCGCACAGAGGUUUACGAGACGAACCCAACAGCGAAGUAACAAAAAAAAAAAAGUAA